AUGCCACCCAAGAAGUCGUAUGAAUCGUACGAGUCCGACUCGGAAGAUUCUCACUCUCAAAGGCAAAAAGGCGUAAAGAAGCAAAAGCUAGACAAAAACAGCGACGAGUACAAGAAAAGACGACAAAGAAACAAUGUAGCCGUGCGUAAAAGUCGCGAGGCCAGCAGGCAAAAAGCAAAGGAUACGAUGGAGAAAGUAUCAAAGUUAAGAGAGGAAAACAAAGCGCUGGAACAAAAAGUGACAAUUUUAAAUAAAGAACUUGGAGUUUUACGAGAUCUGUUCCUAUCACACGCUUCAGCAACAGCUGUGCCCCAAGCCACGACCAAAACUGUCAAAGAAGAGGUCAGUGUGGAGGCAGAAGUUGACCUUAAAGACAGCACUUUUCUCUUCGUUCCUGGGGAUUUGGCAUAA